AAAAUAGAAAGAGGCGGCCCUUCAAAACCCUCACCUUUUUCCCCUUAUGCCUCGCCAUUAAUCCUCCGUUCUCCUUCUUCUCGUGGAGGAACUCCAACGACUCCUCCUUGUCUCGGCAAGAAGCCAUAGACUUAAUUGAAUUGCUGCUCCGCGUCGUUAUUGGAGUCCCGGAGCAAGGGCAGUCGGGUCGUCUUCGGCGCGGGAGAUGGAAGGGGGCGCGGGAGGCUACAAUCCGCGGACGCCGGAGCAGGUCUUUGGAGAUUUUCGAGGCCGGCGGGCUGGAAUAGUGAAGGCUCUCACAACCGAUGUGGAGAAGUUCUACCAGCAGUGCGAUCCUGAAAAGGAGAACCUAUGCCUAUAUGGAUUGCCUAACGAGACUUGGGAAGUGAACUUGCCAGCCGAGGAAGUUCCUCCUGAGCUUCCAGAACCAGCAUUAGGUAUAAACUUUGCUCGGGAUGGAAUGGAUGAAAGGGAUUGGUUGUCACUAGUUGCAGUUCACAGUGAUGCAUGGUUAUUGGCUGUUGCCUUUUACUUUGGUGCACGUUUUGGGUUUGAUAAGGAAUCAAGGAAGCGGCUGUUCAACAUGAUUAAUGGUCUUCCAACUAUAUAUGAAGUUGUGACAGGAGCUGCCAGGAAACAACCGAAAGAGAAAGCUCAUAGUAGCAAUGGCAAGAGCAACAAGUCUGGUUCAAAGGUCGUAUGGAUAGACUGCUUGCCUUCAAGAUCCUCCGAGUCCCAUGCAAAGACCUCAAAGAUGCCUCCACCGAAAGAGGAAGAGAGCGAAGGAGAGGACGAGGACGAGGAAGAGAACGGAAACACUCUAUGCGGUGCAUGCGGGGACAACUAUGGCAAUGAUGAGUUCUGGAUAUGCUGCGAUAUUUGCGAAAAAUGGUUCCAUGGGAAAUGUGUUAAAAUUACUCCUGCACGUGCCGAGCACAUAAAGCAGUACAAGUGCCCCGCUUGCAGUACCAAGAGAUCCCGAGUAUGAAGACAGACGAUGAACAGGCAUGUGGUUUCCGGCUUAAGAGAUUAGGGCUUCAGAAGGGACAACCAUUUUGAGUGCAGCAGACCGUGGGACCGCAAAUUGGAGUCUCCUUGACCCUACUUAAAGACUAAUUCAUUGCUGUUGAUUAUUCAUAGAUCUCUAGAACUAGCAAACUAGAUCUGCUGCAAUUUCCUUGCGUCUGAACAUAUCUUUAGCUUUUCCUAUGAACACAUCUGCGGUUGUUUCCGUGUCUGUUUGUGUUUAAGAUUUGUGAUAAACCUGUUUUGUUUCUUUGUAAACAAAGCCCUCCUUAUGGUGGAACUUUCAUGUUGUUUUGCCAAUCUCUAAUGCAUUUAGCUCAUGUCUUGAA